AUGCUCCGGCUGGCAAAUGCCACUGCGGGGAAUACCAAUGAGGUACUUGGCAGAGAUGUUGGUUGGCAGUCGUCCGUCAUGCCUCUGGUGAAGUGCCUGUUAGUUGUUGUUGUAAAUUUUAAAACAAUCCACGUGGCUCUGGUCAAAAGUAGUGCACUGUAUAGGGAACAUGGUGCCAUUUGGGACAGAACCAAUUCUUGGAAGUGCCUCCACAGAAUUCACAGGGUUUGGGUAGGGACUGAGUGGUAUAGGGAUGUCUGGCAAGACAUCAAAGGAAAAUAUGAAAGGGCCUUUGACUCUAAUGUACAGUACACAAUGGUCAUAAUAUAGUAAUCCUACGGUCUUCCUUCGGAAAAAGGUCCUCUGAGCUCAAUUGGACUCCAUGGUUAGAUAAAGGUUUAGCAAGUAAUACUGUACAACUACUUCCACCAUAAAUUGUAUUUUCCUCCAUCCUGUUUCCAGGUGAUUCAUCUUGAGAAGUGCUUUGACAUCGUGGGCAUGCUGAACAAGGAGGCUCACCUCCACAUCUGCCUGGCCAACACCAUUUUAAUCAUUUAGCAGACGCUCUUAUGCAGAGUGAAUUCCAGUAGUGAGUGCAUACAUUUUCAUACCUUAUUCGUACUGGUCCCCCGUGGGAAUCAAACCCACAACCCUGGUGUUGCAAGCACCAUGCUCUACUAACUGAGCUACACGGGACCAGGGGAGAACUGGUCUCAAAAGCUUGUUGAACACCAGCAGAAUGAGGAUAUGAUGUGGAAUCAGUUGGUGAGAACACUGAGGGGAAGACGGCGGGUGGACACGUAUUGGGGGGCCUGGAGGUGUUCACCAAGGCUGAGGUGGUCAUCGGAGAUGCCACUGACCUGCUGUAUGAAAGAGAGAUUGACCAUUGCAAGGGCUUCCCUGAGCUGCUCACUAGAAGAAGAUUAGAAGAUGACUUUACG